AACAUGUCCGCUUUGUACAACAGUGAGGAGCGAGACGCCUUUUGCCAGCGUUUCGCCGCGUAUCACAACAAUCCCGCCCUCUCCGACUUCACAAUCAUCUGCCGCGGAGCCAAGUGGAACGUCCACAGAUUCGUGCUCUCUGUCCACUCGGAAGUAUUCGCAAAGUCCUGCGAUGGCAAUUUCAAGGAAACGCAGGAAGCCGUCCUAGAUCUUUCCGAACACGAAGAGCCAGAGGUCGCCGCUCUCGUGUACUAUCUUUAUAAUUUCGAAUACGACAUCCCUCAAGGUCAUUCCAAUUGGGGAUUGUUCCACCUCAAGAUGGCACUUCUCGCGGACAAAUACUUCAUCACCGGGCUGGUCUCAGCCGCAAACCGGGAGUACGACGGCUACAUCUGCUUGUUCGAUGACGAGAAAGUCAUCGCCAAUCACGCUCAGCUGGCAUAUGCCGUUCCACAUGCCACCGAGCAGAUUCGCUACAUCAUCGUUAGAAUGGUCGUAGCUGGAGGGAUGCUGAGAGACAACAAGCAGUGUGAGCUGUUGAACGUGAUGCGCCAACAUGCCGAGUUCGGAGUGGACAUCGCGCUGGAGAUGGCGAGGAGAGCGAGAAAAUUGGCCGAGAUUGGUCCCUGGGAUGAGGAGGGCACUCACAAUUUCUUUCUCUACGAUUUCUGA